AUGGGAACUCGAGGCCUUGAGAUAGUGCGCUUCCGCAGGCGUUACUACAUUCGUUAUCACCAGUACGACAGCUACUUUGAGGGCCUCGGAGCCAAAAUUGUCGCGAGCAUCCCCGCAGACCCCAAGCAAUACCAUGAGUGGCUCGAGUCGAUGCGAGCCGAGUAUGCGGCCAAGGAAAAAGCUCUCGAAAGUCAUGUCUACGAGAUCCGUGAUGGCGUCGAACCCAAUUAUUCGCAGUUCAGAGAGUUUGAGACGCUUCCUUCCGAGUUACCGCGGCUGGGUUACGAUGCUGAGUACGUUUACAUAAUCAACCUCGACAAUGAAGUCCUUACCAUGAACCACAGCAUACACUGGAAAUUGGGUAAUAUCCCGCGCCAGGACGAACUAUGGAUUCACGCCAUCUCAGACAGCAUCUAUCGGGGCAAGCCCACCAUCUCCCCCGACAUCUGCCCGGAAGAACAUAUGUCCUCGCCGGCUUUGAGUGUUCCUGAGCUGAACCCUGUGAUUGAAUAUGCCUAUCGCACCGUAACCCCAAGGACAGACAUCGCAGAGGCGCGAAAGACAUUUCUCACACACAUUUUGGCUAGUACGCUUAUUCAAUAUAAGGACGAGAUCAUCAGGUUUGGAAUGGAGUGGAGCCCGGACUCGUUUCCCUUUCGCGAGUUAGUGUUUGCUCUCGUCUCAAUUGCGUCUGGUCAGGCCAAAUUCCAUUCUUUUCCCGCUCAGCAGUGUAGCCCUCGAGAUUGCCAAUACUGGGGCUGCAAUUCACACCACUUAUACAAGUCACCUGGAUGGCUUGGCGAAAAGUGGACUGGCGAUAGUGUUCCGUUACCGGAAUUUGGCUCCCUGUCCCAUCGACCAGACGAGCCUCCAGGGGCGUCACCCAUGGAGACGAUAUACUGGCUCGAGGAUGUACUUGUCAGCCUUGAACUGGUGGUUGAUGGUAAGGCCAUCACGAAGGCCGUUACUUGGGGCAUCGAGCAGGGACGCACCCACUUUCAGAUCGUCAUCCUAUCGCUCUUUAAAGCGGCCUUUGCGGAGGUCUCCUUCGGUGACGACGCGGAACCGUUUGUUGAAGUCACCCGUACUGUCGAUCUAUCGCCUCUGCGUGCAGAUUAUUGUCUGAGCACACAUCCGCGCAUGCGACCAAGGUUGAAGCCAGGAAGGAAGCAACGGCAUCACCGUGGUGAGCUCAUUAUGCGGUCGAACUGCACAGGGACAAGCCGAAGACUCCGCAGCGAGUUCCCCGGGCUCGCGGGGCUCGUCAACUUCUUCGAAGUCGCCGCGAGCCGCCGCGCAGCAUCCAAAUCGACAGGUAUUCUCCCGUCAGAGCUGUAUGCCCUGAUUCUGGAUUUUGUCGACUAUGAUACGUGGAAGAGCUGCUUGCUAGUAUCGACAGAGGUUCGUUACUGGUGCCUCCGCAAGUACAGGCUUGACGAUCGCAUGGGAAUUGUGGCAGGGCCUUUUGUGAGGCUGCACAAAUAUCGCAACGAGCCUCUGGUAUCCUUCGACUUCGAAAACAUGCAAACGGGUGAGAUACUUCCGAUGAUACAGGAUCCGAGAUGUAUACGGACAGAAGAGUGUAACUGGAUGCCAGUCAUUGGCAGCGACCGAAAAGUGCUCAUGUUGGACGUGGACAUCCAGUAUAAGCCGGCGGGGGAUGUGCCAGUGGAGCCCGACAACGAUGAUGAAUUUGCAUGA